ACCUUCCCGUCAUCAAGUGGGGGGUGGAGACUCACAGCUUCUCCUAUGAUUCCCACACAUAAGAAUACUCCAAACACACAAAGAUUGUCCUUGUGCCAGUACCGUACCUUCUGUGUGUUUGUGAAUCAGAGAAGUUCAGACUAGUUCACCGAGAACCUUCUUUCCAGAUGCAUGUGUACGCAUCGCUCAUCGUUGUCUGGACCUUGCGGGCUGUUGGGGGCUUCAGCUCAGGCAAAGUUGACCAAAGCUGUGAUACUAUGGAACCGCAGCAUCAUACCACCAGUCAGACAUCUCAAGCCCCAUUCUCUAUCUCCAUGAAUCACACCACUUUCCAGAAAGGUGAUGUCAUUGCAGUGACACUCCAAGCAGGACCCAAUCCGUUCAAGGGCUUCCUCUUACAAGCCCGUGGAGUCGGCCAGACCCAGCCUCUGGGCACUUUCACAGUGACAGGAAGUGAUGCUCAACUUCUUAACUGCAGAGGGUUUGCUAACUCUGCAGUUUCCCAUACGUCUGCCUCACCCAAAACAUCAGUGAAAGCUCUGUGGACGGCUCCAGUAACAGGAAACCCAGGAAACAUUACAUUCAGUGCUACCUUUGUUCAAGCUGGAAACGUCUAUUGGACUCAAGUGAAAAGUUCUGUGGUUAUUUAUAAUGCUGAACCUCUUCAAAAUACAAACGCAACAACUCCAUCUCUGCUAACCAUAUCUAGCAAUGGCUGUGGAAUCAGCAAGGUCUGCAUGAGUCAGCCAGGUAACUGUAACCCUGCCAACAGUUCCAGCUGCUACUUCAUGUCUGUAGUGAUGUCAUCCAACAGUUCAGACCUUCAUAUGGAAAUAUCUGGCCCAUCAGACGGUUACAUCGCCAUUGGAUUUUAUUAUGAUCUCUUGAUGGGAAAUGAUGAUAUUUAUAUUUGCAUUUACAAUCAAGGACAAGUUCAAGUGCAACGUGCCCAUUCCACAGGAAUGACAACCCCAGAUAUCAUAUCGCAGAACAUUUCUGGCAUAAGUGUGUCUUAUGCCAAUGGAGUCAUCAGCUGCUCCUUCACUUCCCAUGACCUCAUCUCCUUUUAUAGAAGCUCCACACCGACCACCUCCUCCUAUCUCUUCUACGCCUAUGGACCCGUUAGCGGAGGCUUAAUCCAGCAACAUAUAGAUAAGUUCACGAGUAAAGACAGAGUUCAGCUCACGCCAUCUGUUACGAAGGCAGUGAAUGAUAGUCGUCCUGCCAAAGCACACGGUUCAUUAAUGCUAAUAGCUUGGAUGACCACUGGGAGUCUGGGCAUGAUCAUUGCAAGAUACCUUAAAACAGCUACGGAAGGGAGAAGCUACUGGAACAGAGACUUUUGGUUUUUGGCACAUGUGGGCCUUUUGUCCUUGUCUUACACUCUUACCAUCAUUGCCUUUAUCUUGAUCUUUGCAAACGCAGGGGACUGGUUUGACAACCCACACUCAGUUCUGGGCUGUUUAGUUAUGAUCCUGACCUUCUUCCAACCAAUUGUGGCAAUUUUCCGAUGCCAGCCCAGUCACAAGUGGAGGUACCUUUUCAACUGGAUACAUGCUUUGAACGGUCUGACGAUUAAAUGCUUGGCAGUGGCUGCCAUAUUUACUGGCCUAAAACUGGUGGACACAUCGGCAAACCAUUGGCUCCCCAAAGUGAUGGGAGGGUUUGUUGGCUGGGAGGCUCUGUUCUUCCUGCUCUUUGACUUGCAUGCUCAGUGGAGCAAGAACAUUGGGCCAGAAGUAUUUGAAGACAUUUCAAGUUUGGUACCUUUAGAAGUGAUAUUUCUGAUUGUUUUCUUCUUCGGAAACAUAAUAUUUUUGAUUGCCCUUCUGUGUGGAAUUGGUCUGUCAUGAAAUCUCCAGAAACAAGGAUUACAUCUAUGAAUAAAGGGAAAAGAGAAGUAAUACUUUUUUUUGGUACUACCCAACAGAAGGACUGGUUAUGUGUGAGAGAAUUGCUUAGGGAAUUUCACCAUCCAUCCAUCCAACCAUCCAUCCAUCUUCAAUAUGUAUUUGAGCAUGUCACACAGCAUCACAUUCUAAUUCUAUUUUGUUUUUAAAAUACAGCUAAAUACAGACAAAAUAUACACAACACUUCCGCUGAAAUACACAGCUCAGGGAAAAAAUUAAGAGACCACAUCAUAUUUUAUAAAAAAUCUGAAAUUUGAAAUCCUGGUUUAAUUCCGCUUGUGCUGGCAGAAGGGAGCGCUGAGCAGCAGGCUGCUUCUAGGCCCAAGUGAAACUGGAAAUUUAGCUGUGAUCUCUUAAUUUUCUCCAGAGGUGUGUGUGUGGAUUAGGUUCAUAUAACAUUGUGGGAACCAAAUGUCCCCCACAAUGUAAUAACAACAUGUUUUUUGAUGUUGUGGGGACCAUUUUUCAGGUCCCGAGAAUGAUCUGUGAAUGUAAUGAAAAAAGUACAAAUUUUGUUUGGUUAUUUAUGGUUAAGGUUAGGGUUGGGUAGGGGUUAGGGUCAUCAUAUUGUGAUUAGAGUUUUCGCUACAAAGAUAUAACUACAAUACAAACCUAUGCUUGUGGGGGGGGGGUGUCUGUGUGUGGAUUUAUAUCCAACUGUGUAUUUUAUUUGGGAUCAUAUUUCCUGCGUUGGAAGAGAUUCUGGAAGUAAGGCUACAUAAUCUGGCUAUUUGUGAAGCUUUUUAUUAAGUUAUCUUUUUUCUUAAAGAUAGUAGAUGAUGUUCAAUUAUGAGGCUAUUUCAGGCAUAGCCUCAACUGUAACCCAUUUGUUCAAAUAAUUAUAACAAACUCUGAUAAAUGCAUUCAUAAUGGUGGCAGCUUCAUGUAUCACAUGUUCAGGUUUAACAUACAGAAAUCUAAUUUUCAGCUCAUUGUAUGUUUUGGAUUUAUUGAAAGUAUAAAUUACAUUCAAAGUAUAAAUCAUUGUAAAAUUUUUAUUAUAACUAUAUGAUGCAACUGAAUCAUGUAACCUUAUUCAAUAAAAUUUUGUUACAAUUUUAAGAUUU